AUGGAAGAAGGACUAAAUCGAAAGCCCAGGACGCUGUUGAACAGAUAUAAAAAAUUAUGGAACCAGCGUUACGCAGAUGAAGCGGAGGAGAAGAGGUUCCAAGCUUACUUUUCCGAUUUGUCGCGGAAGCACUUCCGAUUUAGUUGCAUCACGACAAUCUGCUCGGCCUUAACCUCGGGACUCUCGCUGCUCGUACAUGCGCAGGAGCCGGGAACGAACGGCUUCAGCGAAAUCAGCAUUUGGGCGGACGCGGCCGCAAUCAUUAUCAUUGUUGCGUGCGCUGCGGGAAUCGCCAUUGCGUUCGUCGACCGGCUAGGAUCUAAGAUGCCCACAUUCCAGCAGCUGUCGAUUGUGACAAUAUACGCAGUGAUCAAGGCAUGCUCAGUCGUCCUGGUCUUCGAGACCUUCACUCUCAUCGAUCGCCAUCGUGAUAUCCCUGAGGGCUCGGACACCUUCGUGUGGAACGCCGCCAUCUCCGCACGGACGUUUCUUUACAGCUCAGGCACAGCCCUCUACGGAUCCGACUGUCUCCGCAGCCACUUCGGACUGAUGUGCGCCUCGAUCGACCUGAUCGCGGCGAUCGUCGUGUUCUCGAAGAAACGGAAUGUGGAUUGCUUGCUUUUCUUUAUCGUGCAUCUGACGAUGGUCGCGGGACCCGGCCUGGCGAUCGCUCCUUCGGGGGAGAAGACUCGGCGGGCGUAUUAUCGUGCGAUGUACCUUGGUAACACGACCAAGGCAGGGGACGGUACCGAUGUCAAGGGAGACGGGCUGGACGCGACUGCUGCUGGCGGACAUAAUAUCGAACUGGCCUUGACGCGCGUGUCAGCUAGCAGGAGCCUACAUCGGUUGGGCAGCAUCAGGGAAACGGCGAUAGUUGACACCGAGGAUGAUGUCGGGGUGUCUGGCGAGGCGCCGCGUCUCGAUCUGGAGGCUGUUUGA